AUGAUCGAAAUUCAUUCUCCCGAAUGCGAUCAGUUGUCGGAAAUGAUUCGUUUAGGAAAGUGCUACUACUGUUCGUUGCGGUUGGUGCUUGCGAUGCUGGCGAUUAUAGCACAUGAAGCUUUAAGCUUCCCCCAAUUUUUUCAGGUGACCAAAGCUGCCCAAUAUGGGAUGCAACCCGAGAAAUAUACAGCCCUCACCGAAGAUGGCUACCAACUGGUCAUGUAUCGAAUGAUGCCAAAAAGUUCGUCCCGUGGACUCGUCUUGCUACAGCACGGCAUCCGUCAAUCGUCCGCCGAUUGGUUGAAAAUAAACCAAAACCUCCCGAAGCAGCUCCUGUCCGCCGGCAUGGAAGUUUGGCUGGGAAAUUCACGAGCAUCUCUAGAAUCGGCCGGUCAUACCUAUCUCAAUAAGGAUUCUACCGAAUUCUGGGACUUUAGCUUUCACGAGAUUGGCUACUACGACCUGGCUGCCAUGAUCGAUACUGCCUUGGCGAGAUCGAAACGGAAUAAGCUCCAUUUGGUCGCCUAUUCCGAAGGAUCGACAGCUGCUCUGACGUUGCUUUCGGAACGACCUUCGUACAAUGCCAAGGUCGCAUCCCUAAACCUGAUUGCCCCAGCCACGUUUCUCGGCAAUAGUCACGUCAGAGGACUGGCUACUCUGCUAUAUAGGCUUCGAUUGCUCCUUCCUUGGAGUCUUCAGAAGCUUGUUACGGGUAGUGAUGAGCCGUAUGAAAAUUCGCCAAAACAGCUGGAACACUUUCAACAGCUGUUGGUUACGGGCCGCUUUCACCAGUACGAUUACGGUUUCUGGGAUAAUCAGAAGCGCUACGGCGGGGAUAAUCCUCCGCCUUAUUCACUUUGGCGAGUGACUGCUCCCGUUACCCUACACGUCGGCGGAGCCGAUAGAGUGGUGCAUCCCAAGGACGUCCGGAAGCUGGCGAGGCAGCUGCACAGAAGCUCCAGUGUUAGGAUGAUUCAACAUGAAAGAUUCGAUCAUAGAGAUUUCCUGAGCCUACCAGAUGCUGCCCGCGAAGUGUAUCCCCGGAUUACAAGUGCCAUUAUGCAGCGGUUGCGAUAA